UCGGGGAGAGUUCCACGCGCGCGCCGUGCGCCCCGCGCUGACUCUCGCGAUAGCGGCGGAGGGGCGCGGCCGGCGCGCGCGAGGAAGCGGAGGCUCUGAAGAGACCACUUUCCAGCUAAAGAUGGCUGCUGAUACCUCUGUGGAUAUCCUGCAAAAAGUUCUGGAGAAUGAAAUACUUCAGUCAGCCAAGGUUGUGGAAGAACAUCUGGAUGCUGAACUACAGAAGCUGGACCAAAUGGAUGAAGAUGAAUUGGAACGCCUUAAACAGAGGAGGCUUGAGGCCCUAAAAAAGAGCCAGCAGCAGAAACAAGAGUGGCUUUCAAAAGGACAUGGAGAAUACAGAGAAAUCCCAAGUGAGAGAGACUUUUUCCAAGAAGUCAAAGAAAGUAAAAAUGUGGUUUGCCAUUUCUAUAGAGAUACAACAUUCAGGUGCCAAAUAAUGGACAAACACUUGACUGUAUUGGCAAAAAAGCACAUUGAGACAAAAUUCUUGAAAUUAAAUGCUGAAAAAUCUCCUUUCUUGUGCGAGAGACUGCGCAUCAAAGUAAUUCCCACUCUAGCACUAAUAAAAGAUGGGAAAACACAGGACUACGUCGUGGGCUUUACUGACCUCGGUAACACUGAUGACUUCACUACAGAAACCUUAGAAUGGAGAUUAGGCUGUGCAGAUAUAAUUAAUUACAGUGGAAACUUGAUGGAUCCACCUUUUCAAAGUCAAAAGAAAUAUGGAACAAGCUUUACAAAGCUGGACAAGAAGACCAUCAGAGGAAAGAUAUAUGAUUCAGAUUCUGAUGACGACUAGAAGAGCCGCUAAAUAUAUUUGUAAAUCAUCUUUUGUUUAUGCGUGGUAUAUUUCUAAGAAUGAUUUUUAUAAAGCUUACUGCUUUUCAUUA